UGCGGUGGGCCUAGCCUAGCAUUCAGGCUCGCAGUGGCGUGCACGGGUGGGUCUUCACUCUUCAACCGGAACCCUCCCUUCCCUUCUGUCCACGUUCUUCUGUUGCGCGUGGGAAUUAUUGCUUCACUUCUUUCAGACCAGGGUUUCCACUAUUAUCAACAAUCUUCAACCUCAAGCUUCACUCCUUGUUAUCUAUCAUAAAACAGCAAUUCCUGAACUGGGUAUUUCACAAGGUUGCUAAUUAUUGAUUGAAUCAUGUUGCGGAGAUAAGAUAAAGAAAUCUCUACUCCUGCAGCAAAUACUGACUUUGAGAUUACUUUUUUUAAUUCGUUCAUAUUUGAUGUGAUUGUCAAAAAGGCUACUUUGCAACUACACAAGGUUUCACACCUGGGGAUGGAAUUCAACUCCAAUUGCGGGUUAUAAAGCUCUUUUUGCUUUCUGUUUCUUGAAUUCGAGUUGGGGUUUUUAAAAAAAGAUGCAAAGAGUUCGUGUUUCAUCACAGCAAGUGCCAGUGCAGAAAUUAGGGGAUUCACAGAUGACAUUAUCUCCUAAGUUUAAAUUAUCCGCGCUUCAAUCGCGCUUAUUAGAUCCUUUGGUUGAAACCGAGUUGAGUCUUAGAGGUGACCCGCUGAUUCCGGGUCUUCCUGAUGAUAUCGCCUUAAGCUGUCUUCUAAGGCUGCCCGUCUCGAGCCAUUCGGCUGCGAAAACGGUCUGUAGGCGCUGGUAUCAGUUGUUUGGGAACAAAGAACGGUUUUUCACGCAAAGAAAAGAGAUGGGGUUUCAGAAUCCGUGGUUGUUUGUGUUCGCGUUUCAUAAAUGUACAGGAAAGAUUCAGUGGCAUGUUCUUGAUCUUGUUCAUCACUCGUGGCACACGAUUCCACAGAUGCCUUGCAUCGAUAAGGUUUGUCCGCACGGGUUUAGGUGUGUUUCAUUCCCGUUUGAUGGGUCUCUUUUCGUGUGUGGAGGUGUGGUCUAUGACGCGGAUUGUCCUUUAAAUCUAGUGAUGAAGUUUGAUGUUCAAAAGAACUGUUGGACUGUUAUGAAGAAAAUGAUCACAGCAAGGUCGUUUUUCGCGAGUGGGGUUAUAAAUGGAAAGAUUUAUGUGGCGGGUGGCAACAGCACAGAUAUGUUUGAGCUCAAUUCUGCUGAGGUUAUGGACCCAAUGAAAGGGACUUGGUACCCGAUUGCAAAUAUGCACACAAAUAUGGCUUCUUAUGAUGCAGCGGUUCUUGAUGGAAAGCUUCUUGUGACUGAAGGGUGGUUUUGGCCAUUUUAUGUGGUUCCGAGAGGUCAAGUUUACGACCCAAAAACUGAUCAUUGGGAAAACAUGGCGGAUGGGCUUAGAGAAGGAUGGACCGGUUCGAGUGUAGUGAUCUAUGGUCACUUGUUUGUGGUAACCGAGCACGAAAGGACUAAACUCAAGGUGUAUGACAUGAAUAGCGAUUCUUGGAAAACUGUUGGCGGGCCUCCUUUACCGGAGCAAAUUUGCAAGCCCUUUUCGGUUAAUUGUAGUAAUAGUAAGAUUUAUGUUGUGGGAAGGAACCUUCAUGUAGCUGUUGGUUGUAUUUCGAGAUGGAAUGAAACUGAGAAAAGCCCAAGCUUUUGGGUUCAAUGGUGCGUUGUUGGAGCACCGGAAGCGUUUUCUAAUUUAACGCCUUCCAGUGCACAGGUCAUAGUCGCGUAAUGAACUUAGGUUUGAUUUUGAUGUUUCUUUGUAUGUUUUGGUUGUUGUUUGUGUUAGUAUAUUGUGUGUGUAUCUUUUAUUUUAUAUAUAUUUUGUAAUGUUAUAUGAUAUAAAUUUUAAUGAGAAUUCGGUUUUGAAUGUUUUCAUA